CAUCCCCCCCCUGCGCACCCCUCCAUCCCCCCCCUGCGCACCCCUCCAUUCCCCCCCUGCGCCCCCCUCCGCCCGCCCCAGCACCGUUCCUGCGCGGCUAUGGCGGGGCGGCCGCGCUUCCUCUGCGGCGUGGUGGAAGGUUUCUAUGGGAGACCAUGGUCUAUGGAACAGAGGAAACUUCUCUUUCAAUGGCUGAACCGCAGCGGGCUGAACUGCUACAUGUACGCGCCCAAGGAUGAGCUGAAGCACCGGCUGCUCUGGCGAGAGCCCUACACAGAGCAUGAGGCAGUCCACAUACGAUCUCUCAUCGAAGCUGCCCAAGAGCAGAGUGUGGAGUUUGUUUUUGCCAUUUCUGCUGGCCAGGACAUGGUGUUUUCAAGUGCUGGGGAUCGUCUCCUGCUGCAGCAAAAACUCAGGCAGGUGGCUGCCAUGGGAUGCCACUCCUUCGCGCUGCUUUUCGAUGACAUCGACCCCUGCAUGUGCCAAGCUGACAGAGACGUCUUCACCUCCCUGGCGCAGGCUCAGGCCUCUGUGGCCAAUGAGGUGUACCGGGAGCUUGGGCAACCAUCCGUCUUCCUCUUCUGCCCUACAGAAUACUGCAGCUCUCUGUGCUCUCCCAGCCCCAGCCAGUCCUGCUACUUGUUGACCAUCGGCCAGGAGCUGCUCCCAGAGAUCAGUGUCAUCUGGACGGGACCAAAGGUGGUGUCACAGGAGCUCUCGGCCGCACUGCUGGAGGAGGUGGAGGGUGUCCUGCGGCGCCGCCCCAUCAUCUGGGACAACCUGUAUGCCAACGACUAUGACUGCAGACGCGUCUUCCUGGGCCCCUACACGGGACGUGCCCCUGGCCUCAUGCCCAGGCUCCAUGGACUGCUCCUCAACCCCAACUGCGAGCUCCAGGCCAACUUCAUCCCCAUACACACAUUGGGCAGCUGGUUUCAAAGCGAGCUAGGGAGCUGUGCCCACCCUGAUCUUGCAGGGAUGGAGACUGCGACAGCCCUGGGGGACAGCCAAGGCCCACAGGAGAGGAGCUACAGCCCCCAGGAGGCCUUGGAGCUGGCACUGCAUGCCUGGGUGGUGGAGAUAAACCGGCAGGCCUUGGAGCAAGGAGGAAGGACCCCGGGACACCCCUGUGUCAGCCUCAAGGGAGGAACGAGGAUACAGCCCAGCAGAGCAGGAGGACAGAAGGUCAUGGCCGACCCCCAGCCCCACGACUCUGUUCCCAGCGGGGCAGACCAGCGUGGCCCUGAGCCCUGCCACAUGGCACCAGGGGAGGGAAGGAGGAAGGUGACCUCGCAGCCCAAGAAGGACAAUGGGAGCAGGUCCCCUGAUGGCAGUCGGCAAAGCCCCACGGGGGACGGGGACCAGCUCACCACGAGGGUCAGAGCAAGCUGCGAGCCUUCCUCUGCUCUGCCCAGCACAGCUGGGAGUGCUCAGUCUGCAGGAACCCCAGGGGCUACCGAGACCCUCCACGGCCCGGGCCCUGCCACAUGCUGCAGCAAUGGGGCCAACACCAGCCAGAACCUUCCUCUACCCACCAAUGAUGACAGGACAGGAGGUGGCAGCCCCUGCCAGCCCCCCAGUAGUACCCAGCCUGAAGCCAGCAGAGCUGACGUACCCCAGACACCCCCAGGGCAUGGGGCUGGUGCCAGCCCUGGCCCCCCAGCACCGCUCACUAAUGGAGCUGGCGCCAGCCCUGGCCCCAUGGCACCACUGACCUCAGAGGAGGCUGUGUCCUGCCCCAUGGCCCUGCUGACCCUGGAGGAGGCUGGGUCUGGCCCUGUGGUACCACUGACCCCAGAGGAGGCCAGGACCAGCCCCACAGGACCGGUGAUCCCAGAGGAUGCCAGGACCAGCCCCACAGGACCGGUGAUCCCAGAGGAGGCCAGGACCAGCCCCACAGGACCGGUGAUCCCAGAGGAGGCCAGGACCAGCCCCACAGGACCAGUGAUCCCAGAGGAUGCCAGGACCAGCCCCACAGGACCGGUGAUCCCAGAGGAGGCCAGGACCAGCCCCACAGCACCAGUGACCCCAGAAGAGGCUGGGUCUGUCCCUAUGGCGCUGCUGACACUGGAGGAGGCCAGGUCCAGCCCCAUGGCACCACUGACCCCAGAGGAGGCCAGGUCCAGCCCCAUGGCACCGCUGACGCUGGGGGAGGUGCAGAUGCUGGUGGAGCUCUUCUACCUGCCCUACCAUCAUGGGCCACUGGCGCAGCAUCUCCUGGAGCACUUUCGGUGGCUCUGGGCAAACAGCCUCAGCGUGGGGGUGCCAGCCACGGCACCCGAUGGCUGUGGGGGCAUGCAGUGGCGUGGCCGAGCCCAAACCUUCCAGCUGCUCUGCGCUCAGACAUGCCGCCUGCACAGCCGCUUUGUCAGCAGCGCCGGACGAGCGCUGCUCUAUGACCUCCACCCCUACCUCUGGGACAUCCGCAACAUGCUGCUGGCUGCCAGUGCCUUCGUCCUCUGGCUGGAUGGCCAUCUCCUCUGUGACCCUGACCCCAAGGGCACCUGGGGAAGCUGCUUUGGCUGGUGCCAGAGCACCACUGCCCCGAUCCUGCUGGGGGGGGACGCUGAGCCCUGGACACGCCGUGGGGGCCUCUUUGGAGAGCUGCAGGCGCUGCUGCCCGUGGGGAACAGCUGUGACCUUUUCUACCACCCGCCUCCACUCUUCCCGUCCAGCCAACUGUACCUCCUGCGGCCGCUGCUGCCCCUGGACAAGGGAGAGCUUUAUCGAAUGUGCCGGGAGAGUUUGGACUGUGACCCCAAAGUCGCAGAGAUCCUCGCAGCCCACCCUGAUCUCCUUGGGGACAGGCUGCUGGGCAGCUUCCUGAGCCUGAGCCCCGAGUACACGUUUGUGCUGGAGGAUGAGGGUGGUCUGUGCGGCUACGCAGCUGGAGCGCUCUGCGCUGAAGGCUUCCUGCAACAGCGAAACAGCAGCUGGCUGCCAGCCGUACGGCACAAGUACCCCCGAGACCUGGGUGCAGGUGCCCCAGCUCUGGGACAGGAUGCCCUGGAGGAAGCACUGCUCUUCUUCCACGCAGAGCCGCCGGCUGUGCCCCUGCCUGUGCUGCAGCACUUCCCCUCCCUGGUGCAGCUGGGCACGGUCCCCCGCGUGCUGGAUGUGGGGGCCAGCCGCAGCCUGGCUAUCUGCCUGCUGAGUGCACUCAGGGCCAACGGUGAGCACGACCUCCCUGUGCUGGGGGGGACUGAGGCCCCCUUGAUCUGGCACAGCUCUGUCCCAACUGCCCACCCCAGAGCUGGGAGCCGGCCCCACCUGCACCCCACCUCUCAGCACAGGGCUGGAGUACCCCUCAGUGGGGCUCCCCAUCUCCUCUCUGAUGCAGUCUGGCCCCAGCUCCCAGACACUGUGCCCUCCCCUGGCACCAGGGAACACAUGAACCUGUGCCUCUGGGAAUCAUGCAGGCACCCGGUGCCAAAGGACAGUGGAGAGGCUGACACCCUUGUGGAGGGGGUCUCAGCCCCACUGCUGGGUUCCUGGUGCCAGGGGCCUGACUUCUCCCAUUCCUUGCAGGGUCACGGGGAGUGUUUUGCCAGGUCGGUGCUGCUGACCAGCAGCAGCUGAACUUCUACAGCAAGCUGGGCUUUGUCGCCCUGCCAGUGGCCUGGGGCAGCUCUCCUGGCGCUCAACUCCUGGGACGUCUCCUCUGAGCACGCUGUGUUGGGUGUGGGCACGGGGAGGCAGUGCCACAGGACAGGCUAACCCCCCCAUCCCGCCCAGCAUCGGCCUGAGGGAGCAGGAGCAGAGGGACACCUUGAGCAGGGAAGGUACAGGUGAUGGGAGACCUGGAGGUGAGCAGGCUGUCACUGGGAUGUGUGCAGGGGACUAGGCUGUGAGAGUCCUUGGGCGACAGAGAGGUAUUUCUGCCAUAUCAGGAGAUUUGGGCAUCAGGGCCCCUCCACUCCUUCCCCAACUGUUCCUGCUUGCUGAGUACCCUCCACCUUUGCUGGGGAGCCAGCAACAUCCCCCGGCUGUCUGCAGAUCACCAGGCCUGGCGGGAGCCACCUGGGCAGUAUUUAGAGCGGUGAUCUCGGAGCAUGGCACAGUGCAUUAGGGUUAAGGAAGUGUCCCUGUCCUACAGGGCUGUCCAGCUCUCUCCAUCCUGUGUGGCCCUGGGCUGGGCAGCUGGUGCCAGGACUGGCUCUUGGCACCAAGGACCUGCUUGACUGUAUAGACCGAUCCGGUAUGGGACACAGUGGGGCAGCCUCCACCUCUGCUGCCCAGGGGCUGAGAGAAGUGCUGUCCUUGGCAAUAAAGCAUUUGCUGGGCUCUCA